AUACGCAUCUUAAAUUGGAAAGCUUACCAUAAGACCCCGUUUUGUAAAAGUCGCGAUUUUGUUUGGAUUUUUGGAAAAUAUUCUGGGAACAAAAAGGAAGGAGCGGCGGAUGAGUCGCUGAUUCGAUGGGAAACCAGAAGCUUAAGUGGACGGAGGAGGAAGAGGAGGCGUUGCUCGCAGGUGUUAGGAAGCAUGGUCCCGGAAAGUGGAAGAAUAUUCUCCGAGAUCCUGAGUUUGCUGGUCAGCUCUCUAAUCGCUCCAAUAUUGACUUAAAGGAUAAAUGGCGUAAUUUAAGUGUUGCCCCUGAUAUUCAAGGGUCAAAGGAUAAGGUGCGGACACCAAAGAUCAAAGCUGCUGCCUUUCAGCUGGCGGCAGUUGCAGCUGCCAGUACUCCAUCUCCUAGUUCCAACCAUUCUCCAGUUCCGCCCCUUCCUCGUAGUGGAUCUGAUUUGAGCAUUGAUGACAGUUGCAACUUUAUGGUUGAUGCAAAGAAUGCUCCCAGGUAUGAUGGGAUGAUAUUCGAAGCUCUUUCAUCGUUGACGGAUGCUAAUGGAUCUGAUGUCACUGCAAUUUACAACUUUAUCGUGCAAAAAGGACAUGAAGUGCCACCGAACUUUAAAAGGAUCCUCGGUUCAAGAUUGAGGAGGCUUGCUUCUCAGGGCAAACUUGAAAAGGUUAGCCAGUUAAAAUCAGGAACGCAGAACUUCUACAAGAUGAAUAAUCAUAGCUUCAUGGCGAUGAGAACGCCACUUGUAGCGAGACCAAAAGAGGUGAAUGUGAAACCUCGGCAGGCGAACAGUCAAGGACUCACGGUUUCGCAGGAGAAGGUUGAUCACGCUGCAGGAACCGCAGCGUUUAAGUUCGUGGAGGUAGACGAAAAAUUAGAGCUACUCAAUGCAGCUGUAGAAGACAGAGAUAGGAUGAUAGAACUGGCAGAACAAGCUGAGUUGAUUCUACUGUUAGCAGAAGAGUUGCACAAAGAAUGUUCUGAGGGAAAGAUUGUGGCUUUGAAUUGAGGUUUGACGGAACAAAAGAAGAAGCAUAGAGUUUGAGGCUUUGGAGUUCAUCACUAUGUUGUGGUAUAUAUACUAGUAGCAAUAGGCUAUUAAGUUGCAUUCUCUUGUUUCUUUUUGCUAUACCAAAUUGUUACAAAAAUAACAUUUAAUUUUCUUUCCUGUUGUGUAAGAUUUUAACUCAAGUAGCUUAUAUUUUUUUAUUCA